UGGGGACGUCGUACCCUGGAGUGUGUCGUCGUGUACUGCUAACACGAUUCCGGGGGAGCAAAACAAGACGCGCCUAGAGUAGUGUAUGUGCGUCCGCUUACAUGUUACCGAUUAACUCGCGCCGGGUGCAUCGGCGCGAAUGACUAGCAGAUAAAAACAUAGAAUUUCAUCUAGAGCACGAUUUGGUCCUAUUUUGGAAUAUCUGACCUACGAUGAGGUUGUGUGUGUGUGUGCGUGUAAUUUGGGAAAUUCUUACUGUUAUCAAAAUAUACUGUACCGUGUACCUGUGCAGAUAAGCGACAAUCAAGAUGUGAACACCAUUACUUUGGUGGAUUGAAUUUAAACUAAAUCCGUUCAAUAUUGAUAAACAACCCGUUUGAUGACUGCUGGUAGUCGGCGAGUUUAAACUGCCAUUGCUACUAUCAUACCUACAUGCUUACCUACUUAUCGGGCGCCAUAAUCGCUUCGCGAUCUUGGCCUCCUCGCGGUCUAGCGCCGUCUUCUAGCUAUCGAAUAUCCCGUGCUAUCUAUUUUAUGGAUGCAUAAGAUAAGAUGCUCUUUACGGGACUAAGAGGAAAUUGUCAGCUUUUGGUUGAUGUUGAGAACAGGUCUACCUAAGUCCGCCCUGACAUGUGUUCUGAGUGGAGCAGUUUCCUCUGGCUUUAGUUUGAUCCAUUGUUAGCUAAAAUCCUUGCUAUAGGUGCAUGACCCCAUUUAGGUGUUCCUGCAACCCUAAGUGUUGUGCCGCUUGCUCGAUCGUUUGGUAAGGUAUGAUGCCUAUGCCAUCUGUGUUUUCUGACACAGAGCUGGGUUGAAGAGAAGGCAGGCAAUCCCAUCUCGCCCAUAGAUGGUAGCGAAGAGAUAGACGACUUGUUCCCUGAUAUAUCUACUUGUUUCAUUUAUGAUUAUAUUGUUGUAUCAUGUAUUUAAAUCAACUCAUAAGGUGGAAACCUUAUGGUCGACGGUCUAUUAUGAUCAUACGGCUAAUUAUGAUUAUGGAAAUAAAAGCAAAUUUUCUAUUGAGCUUAGUAUUACGCUAUUAAACUAGUAUUUAGUAUAGAAUGGUGUGAAACUCACUGUAGCAUCUCACAAGAAGUGCAUCAGCUGCAUUCUUUGUCCGUACAAUGAAUCAUCGUGCAUGCAAGAACCAACACACCUUCACCCUAACUGUAAACAAACUGCUGACUUGCACCGGCAUCAUGCCAAGCGGAGAAGCACUUUAGCCGUUCAUUCUACGCGAGUGUGCGUGUGCGAGGUGGGUUUGUUUUGUUUACUACCCUCGUUUUGGGGGGUGAAAUAGAAGGAACGGAUUCGUUGGAACCGGGAGAUGGUCGGUGGUGGUCCGGACCGCUCGACUGCGCAUGUCCUUCGCAGCGCAUCCCAUAGUCCAAAAUGUCAAACUUCUUUCGUCGUCCGUUCCUUUCGGUUGCAUUCGUUUUGUUCAAUCCGUGCAGCCCUGACCGCUUGCGUAGCAGAAGCAGACGUUCAGUUGGUGAAAAAUCGAUAACAUAAGCCAAUGAAGAAGUAGGCAUUUGCAAUUCCUGUUCAGAUUGCACAGCUUAUUUGCGCGCGUGGCGUUAGAGAUACAGUUCCGUUCUCUGUUUUCUGGUACCCUUUUGUGUUCAUUAGUUCCCUUUUCUUGUGCCAGUAAAACAAGAAACUCCAGAACGCUUGCUUUCUUCCUUCGUGUAACAACGUGGAUGCGAAGGCGUGCAUUAUCGGCGAUAGAGUGAACAUAUUUCCAUCAUACGAGACAGUUAAACCACGGUGGCAAAACGGAAACAUUGCUGAGUCAUCCCUUAGGCUCCGUAAAUCGCACUCCAAAAAUGCGUGCGUUGGGCAUUGCGCAGCCGAACAACCACCAUCAAACGACUGUCGCCAGCACCACCACCUCCUCCACCACCGCCAGCAAUGUCGGCAGCGUCGGUGCGUCGACCGGUGGCAGCGCGGCCGGGAUCAACGGUAAGAACGGCAACGGAGAUGGACACCAUCACGGACCGGGUGCCACCCUGAUCACGCUACCCCGAGCCAUUCCCGCCGGUACCGGCAGCUCAAACGGUGGCGACGGACAUCGUCCCGGCGGUCAGUUGCGGGCGGGCGGGGUGGCCGGCGGUGGCAGCGUCAGCGAUACCGCCGCCCAGGACACAAUCUAUCUGUGCAACUUUCGCGUCACCGUCGACGGCGAAUGGCUCUGCCUGAAGGAGCUGCAGGAUCUCGAUAUCAAAGACGGCCAGACCGGUGGUGGCGGCUGCGGCGGUGGGGCCGAUGCGCUGGGCGGCGGCGGAGGGGGUGCAGCCGGAGGAACCAGUGACUGCAACGCACUCAAUAGUUUCGGUAUAAUUGAGAACGUAAAAUGCGAAGAGAAGAUUAUCGAGCGCGAUUGGGUUAACUACUACUCACGCGAUCCGGCCUCGAUCGAGCGAAGCAAUCUGGUGAAGAUAUGCAAACUGGUGGUAAAGGAAUUGCUGGAGCAAUCGCUGCGCUUUGGCCGUAUGCUGGACUCGGACCACCUGCCGCUACAGCACUUCUUCAUCGUGCUAGAGCACGUGUUGCGGCACGGGCUAAAGCCGAAGAAGGGGCUACUCGGCCCGAAAAAGGAACUGUGGGACAUUUUGCAAAGCGUCGAGCGGUACUGUGUCGAAGCGAUGGACAUUACUUCCUCCGUGCGCGAUCUGCCCACGGUCCGGACGCACAUGGGCCGUGCCCGGGCAUGGCUACGAUUAGCACUGAUGCAGAAAAAGCUGGCCGAUUAUCUGCAGGUCCUGAUCGAGCAUCGGGAUGAUUCGCUGGCCGAGUAUUACGAACCGCACGCGUUGAUGAUGAGCGAUGAGAUCAUAAUCAUCGUGGGCAUUCUGGUGGGCCUGAAUGUGAUCGACUGUAAUCUGUGCGUGAAGGAGGAAGAUCUGGAUUCACAGCAAGGCGUGAUCGACUUUUCCCUGUACCUUCGGUCGAGCUCGCGUAACAGUCCGGACGAGGAAAACAACGGUGGGGUUGGGGCUGGAAUCGAUGACAGUGCCACCGGUGCGAUGACGGCCGUAUUGGACCAGAAGAAUUACAUCGAAGAACUCAAUCGACAUCUCAAUGCUACGGUCGCCAAUUUACAAGCCAAGGUCGAAUCACUCACCACGACCAACGCACUCAUGAAGGAAGAUCUAGCGAUCGCCCGGAACAGCCUAAUGGCACUGCAGGCAGAAAAUGCUGCCCUUCGAAGGGCAUCCCAGCAUGGGCACCCGAUCGAGGAUAAGACGAACGUGCUGGAUCGCUUCGAUCCGGAAAUGGCAGAAACACUGGCAGAAGAGCGCAAAAAGCGGCAGGAGAUCGAAAAGGAACUGGAUCUGCAAGUAGCCCUGAAGGCGGAAACGGAAAUGGCCAUGAAGCUGCUAGAGAAGGAUAUCCACGAAAAGCAGGACACGAUCGUUUCGCUACGCCGCCAGCUAGAGGACAUCAAAUCGAUCAAUCUUGACAUGUACCGUAAGCUGCAGGAAUGUGAACUGGAACUGACACAGAAGGGUGAGAUGGUAUCGCGGUUACAGAUCAAAGCUUCCCAGAUAGGCAAAAUACUGUCCAAUCUCGAGCGAAAGGGAGCGGCCGACGCCAUGACGGAUUCCCAAAUCAGCACAAUCAACUCGUUCACCGGGUCCGGUGGUGUAUCUUCGCCCUCCGGUACUGGCUCGUACGGAAGUGGGCUCGUUGGUCCACCGAACAAGAAACCACACCUCAAGAUCGGUACCAUUCCUCCGUUCAAUGCAAAUAAGCUAAGAAAAUCUCCGUCGGUUGGAGCAACAACGGCGGCCGCAACAGCGGCAUCGGGUACUGCUGCCACUGCUACGGCUGCAACUUCCGCCGAAGGUAAAGGCACAACAACUCAGGCAACUCCUGGAUCGGCAACAGCGCAAGGACAGCAGGAGCAAGACUUGCAGAAAAGAUUAUCAUCCCCUCCGCAGGUGGAUCUCGCAAGUACCGGAAAGGGCGGUGAACAGUUACCGGAUAGCGAAAACGCAACGACAGUUCCGAGUCCACCAUCCAAUGCAGACAAACUACCCAACGAAUAAUCGUGGAUCUGUUCACAAGGAACCAAAACUAUUCAUUUACUUUAACAAUACACGCGUUCGAAGACUGCUUGGGGCCGGCAUGGGGUCAUCAUGAAAAGGGGGGGUUCAGGAAGCAUAGUUUUAACAAUCUCCCGCAAGUCUAAACUGCUACACGCCACCAACAUAUGAGUGCUAUCACGAGAGUGGGGAUGAUCGUCAUCCGUACAGAUAUUGUGGGGGACAAGGCAUGAAAAUCUGCAAAACGAUGUUAAUCAAUUACUUAUGUAUACAUUUCCACCCAUACACACCCACACACACAUGCAUUCUUAUUGUAGGAGUGUGAGGCGUCGCUGAAGCACAAAACAGAGCUAAUGUCGCGGAUGGAAACGCAACGCGAAUCGAUGGCCAGUGCAAUAUCGCAGCUGGAGAAAAAGUAUGCCAAUCGUUUCUAUAUUCUUAAAAUUGUGUUUUUUAUCAGUAAACUACUUGAUUAAGUUAACCUACUACUGUACGCGUAUUGUAUGCCUUUCUCUGCCCUUACAUAUAUGUCAGAAUGCGCUAUCCUUAGAGUGAAGCACAGUUGAAUUGAGUUCUUGUUCUGCUAGUCAUGAAGUAAACUGCGUAGGUUGCGCAAGUCAUUAUGUAUUAUUAAUCUGCCCGUAAGUCAGUGAUGGGAAGCCAUGGGAGUACUUUGUAUUGCGUGCCGCUAUGAUAAAAUAAAUGCAAAUAAAAGUAAAUGCAUCGUUUCACUAAACCUCUACCAGCAGUAACCGUGGUGUGUGUGUGCGUUAAAUUGUUUGAUGGGGAAUGUGACGAAAAUAAAUGUCUGCCGUAAUGCUCAAAACA